AUGGGGCUCAGCACCCCUUUAAUGGUCUACUUCUUCGACGCUGCUCAUCCCUCGAUGAAGCCAGCUCACGUUGCGAAAACAGGUGAUGUCGGAAGUAACAAUAAUGGUAACAGUCAGGUAUUGAUCACUGACAAGGUGGAGGCUCUGAUUUCUACUACUGUUAAAGCACCAGUUGAAGUGAAGUUGACAUCUGCUGCUGUAAAAAUGACAACGAAAAUUUUCGAGGACGGUGGCAACAAAACAGUUUUGGAUUCGUCUGCUAAUGGGACAGAUAGUAAGGAAACCAAAGGAGAAGUCAUCAAGAACGUCACGCAGUUGGACAGCAGUGCUGAAUCUAAAUCGAAUGCUAUGCUGUCAAAAACAUAA